AUGCGUUCCCGCAUAAAAAGCGAAGGGAAUUCCCGAAAAGUGUUGUUUACAAAGCGCGUUGGCGCGUGCGGGACGCGGUUGUGCGCCUUGCCCGAUGCAAUGAAAGGGAAAAUUGUAGUUUUUGUCGCGGGUGACGCACUCGCUUCCCCGAACGGGCGGCGAAUGACGGCCCAGGAAUGUCGGACGCCGCUCGCUCGGAUUUCUCGCGUCGCCUUCGAGCGCUCGCAGUGCCAACGGUACAAAUUCGAGCAACGUUCGAGAUGGAAACAUUUGUUCGGUGAAUUAAGCGGCAAGUUCAACAGACACGUCGGAGGCGAUAAAUCACCCGAAGGCGCCUUGAUAAAUCCGGGGGCGUGCCGGAUGACGUCACAGACAUCCCCGGAAGGCGUGGGGGGGGAUAAAAUAAAAUUGUCACGUCCCAUCAGCUGUCCGCCGGAGACGAGCGGUCGUUCAACCGCCACCGGCUCGCCCCAUCUCACCUGCGGCUACGGUGACAUCCACCACGGGAUCGGCAUUGUUAAAUCGCGCAGUUUCAGCAACACGGGGCUGUCGAAUCGGCGCAAGAGAAGUUGCCCCUUUGGCGCAAGUAGAAAACUUGCGAGCGAA